AUGGGAGGCAACGAUGGUGCUACCACCGACAAGGGUGACAAGACCAACCCCUUCAAUGAGGCUAACAUGAUCUUUCCUCAAUCCAUGGACGAGCUUCUAGAUGAGUUGCGCCAGAAGCUUCAGGCCAAACUUGAUGCCGAUGUCAAGGCUUUCUUGGAGCGCUACACCAAGAAUUGGCUCGACAAGCACAUCUACACAAGUGUUGGUGCACAAAGUUUGGGUCGAGCUCUUCGAACCGAUUAUGGAGCAUCAACAAAUAGAGCUUCAGCGGGGCAUAAUGUUUUACCAAACCUACCAAAGUCACCUAGUCAAAUUCCUACAUUUAAUGUUACUCCUAAUGCUCCUACUACCGAUUUUGAUGAUGCUUUGAAUCGGUUUAAGGAUGAAUUGGCUAAAUCUCUUGAGAGUAGUUUAGGAGUGCAACUUAAAUCUAGUAGGAAUACUUAUCAAAUGUUGUAUCCUUCUGGUUAUGAUUUCAUGAAAGCACCUGAUGGGUGGAGGGUACCUGACUUUCAGAAAUUUAGUGGUGAUGAUAGUAAAUCAACCAUGGAGCAUAUUAGCAUGUUUCUUGCACAAUUGGGUGAAGCUAGUGCUUAUGGUUUUAUGAAAGUUCAUAAUUUUCCUUUAUCUCUUACUGGCACAGCUUUUGCAUGGUUUACUUUAUUACCAUCUUGUUCUAUUGGUUCAUGGGCUGAAUUAGAAGAGAAAUUUCAUAAUCACUUUUAUAGCGGUGCUCAUGAAACAAGAUUGUCUCAUCUUGCAUCGGUUCAUCAAGGGUGUGAUGAGUCCGUCCAUGAUUUUUUCAAACGAUUUAGAGAGAUUAAGAACCGAUGUUUCCAUUUAAAUAUUUCUGAAAGAGAUUUAACUGAUUUAUGCUUUGCUGGUUUACGUUCUAGUAUUAGAGAAAAGCUUGAGCAUUAUGAGUUUCACAAUGUUAAUCAACUUAUGCAAAAGGUUGUUUCAAUUGAAUCGCGCCUUAAAGAGUCUUGUGAUGCUUAUAAAUCUCAUCGUCAGAAUGUGCAUUUUGUUGAGCAAGCCGAUAAAGCCCAAGGCAAGAACGUGAUUAUCGGCGAACCACGUGUAGCACCGAAUGUUGAAACGAAUUCGGGGCGCAAAGUGGUGCUUGAGAAGGAUGAUGAAGGCAAGAACAAGUUGAAGAUCACCGCUGGAUCAACGCAAUAUUUGAAAAGGCAGCGGUGGACUUUGACUCCAGAAGAGUCGGGAAAGGCACCAAUGCAGCAAGUUUAUGUGCCUAAGAAGGUUGAGAUUCCUAUCGUUCCCCCACCAAGAGGUAGGCCUCAAUCGGUUAUCACAAUCCACUCCAUGGAAGCUCCCGUCACUAAUCAUGAUGGGCUGAUUGUAAUCGAAGAAAUUCCAGCAUCUAAGCGAGAUGAAGCUCCUAAAGAUGUUUUUGGAGUUGAAGAGAAGAAACGCGCUGAAGGAGAUUCCAAUUACCGGCAACCCGUAUGGUGUCCUCGUGGGUUGAAUAAAACUCAACGGCGCAAAUUGCAGCGUGGUCGACAUAAGCAACAGAAGAGGGAGAAGCUUGCCAAGAUGGAGAAUGAAAUCCUCAACCCCGUAUAG